UUGCUUCAUAGUCUAAUUUGAUUUAAUAUACGAAAGUAAUUCGGUGAGCACAGUCGAAAUUAAUUUAAACUUUGCUAAAAUGGCAGCUACCGGAGCUUUAUUCCUAAUCACCGCUGUCAUUGGCUUAAUUUAUUUUUGGGUCAAACAUAAUUACAGUUAUUGGCAACGCAAAGGCAUUCCGCAUAUGAAACCGAUUCCAUUUAUUGGUACCACUAAACCUAUGCUAACAUUAAAAACAAGUAUCGGGCUAUGUGCUUCAGAUGUAUAUAAUGAUAAAACAAUGAGCGAUGCUGCCGUCGUGGGAGUAUACAGUUUCCAUAAACCUGGAUUAGUUAUACGAGAUAUUGAAUUAAUAAAAUCAAUUUUGAUCAAAGAUUUCAACAAGUUUUCAAACCGUACAUCAGCAUGUGAUCCACAUGGUGAUCCGUUGGGAGCAAAUAAUUUAUUUUUCGUUAGAAAUCCAGAAUGGAAAGAAACCAGAACAAAACUAUCACCAGUUUUUACAAGUGGUAAAAUAAAACAGAUGUAUCCACUCAUGCUUGAUAUUGCAAAAGAAUUGGAAAAUCAUUUGGCAUCUUAUAAGAAAACCAAUAAUUCCUUUGUUACUGAAGUUAAGGAAAUUUGUGCUCUCUUCACUACAGAUCUAAUAGCUUCUAUAGCAUUUGGUUUACGUGCUAAUAGCCUUAAAAAUCCAAAUGCUGAAUUCCGUGAAUAUGGGCGCAAACUGCUUAAAUUUGAGUUGAUUCGCGCUUUCCACUUUCUAAUUAUUUUCUAUAUGCCGAAAUUAGUUAAGUUUUUCCGUGUAAAAUUAUUCUCUCAAGAGUUUUCAAAUUUCUUGCGUAAAACUAUUAAUUAUGUAAUAUCGGAACGUGAAAGCAGUGAAACCAUUCGUAAUGAUCUUAUUGAUAUUUUUGUAUCCUUAAGAAAAGAAGCUCCCGAUGUUAAAAGCCUAUAUAGAGCUAACAAUAAUGAAUACCUAGUGGCUCAAGCUGCUGUAUUUUUAACUGCAGGAUUUGAGACAUCAUCUUCAACAAUGGCUUUUACACUUUAUGAAUUGUCGAAAAAGCCAGAAUUACAAAAACGUUUACGAACAGAAAUUUGCGAGGCCCUUAUUGCUGAAAACGGAAAAAUAUCUUAUGAAAAUAUUCAAAGCCUUAAGUAUUUGGGAAUGGUUGUUGAUGAGAUUUUACGUAUGUAUCCUGUUGUACCAUUUUUAGAUCGCGAAUUUAGUAAAACUAAAGACGAGUCAGACUUCACUCUUCAACCACAUCACAGUUUCGCAUUACCAAAUGGUAUGCCAGUAUACAUCCCAGUAUAUGCAAUACAACAUGAUCCAAAGUAUUGGCCGAACCCAGAUGUUUUUGAUCCAGAACGGUUUUCAUCAGAAAAUAAAAAGAGUCACAUUCCCAUGACAUAUUUGCCAUUUGGAAAUGGACCACAUAAUUGUAUAGGAAGUCGCUUAGGAUUACUUCAAACUAAACUUGGUUUGGUACACUUUUUGAAAAAUCAUUUUGUUGAACCUUGCGAUCAAACACCAUCUAAAAUGGAAUUCGAUCCCAAGGGUCUUAUUUUACAAUGUAGUCAGGGUAUUAACUUAAAUGUAGUAAAUGACCGCAUGUACGAUCUGGAAACUGGUGCAAGAUAAGUUAAUUCAAUAAAAUUACUGAAAAAUAGAA